AUGUGUGAGGAGACACUCGAUCUUACUCUAUUCAACCCUUUUUCUGGGACUGUGAUUGGUCUUCCUCCCAUUAUCAUAGAUGAUGAACCUGAUUAUACUCCAAACCGCAUAUUUAAAGCUAUAUUAACCAAAGAUCCAUCAUUAUAUCCAAAUGAUUAUAUGGUUGUAGCUAUUUAUAGUUCAUAUUUGAGGUUGUGCCUUAUGAGAGCAAAUGAUACGAGUUGGACGUAUUACUUCCCAGAACCAAAUAUUCCUUUUAGUGAUGUUAACGUUUGUAGUGAUACUAUAUAUGCUUCCGAAGUUCAUAUGAUGGUUUGGAAAGUUGAAGUUAAGAUUAGAAAUGAUGAGAGUUCAUCGAUUUCUAUUUCUUUAAGGAGGGUCCACACUAAAAGUAUGAAUGAUUUAAAUAGAUCUUAUAUUACAGAGUCUUCCAAAGGAGAGCUUUUGUUAGUUUUGAGGUCAAUAUCUGAAGAGGAUUCACAAUUAGAGACUACCAAGUUUAGAGUCUACAAACUUAUUGAUGAGUGUGAAAAUGGUAUGCGAAGGGCCGUAAAGUUGAAGAGUUUAGAUGGAGAUGCUAUGUUUAUCGGAGACUCUCAAUCCAUCUGUGUAUCAACCAAGGAUUUUCUGAAAUGUUUACCAAAUUGUAUAUAUUUCAUAAAUGGUUGUAACUAUUAUGUUCCUAAUUUAGUCCAGGAUUCAGGUAUAUUCUACUUAGAAGAUAAAGAUUUUGGUGAUCAUUACAUACGCGAUCCUGCACAUGAAAAUUUACCUCCACCUAUUUGGAUCAUCCCAACUAUAUGUUCCAAAGAUUUUAGUGAUUAA